AUGUCUCGAUACUUUGCCACCCGAGCGUCAAGUCUAAAACCUCCUCGGAACAAACUUAGAAAUCCUUACGCAAUUCUUCGGGAGUUGACUACCCACCAAUGGCUUAUGUUUGCUGCAGGCUUCAUGGGCUGGACCUGGGAUGCCUUUGAUUUCUUCACAGUGUCAAUGACAAUUACAGAAAUCUCAGCAGAUUUUGGUGUCUCUUACUCCGAUGUCUCUUGGGGCAUGACCGUGACCCUUAUGCUUCGAUCCGUCGGUGCCAUUAUUUUCGGUAUCCUCUCAGAUCGAUAUGGACGCAAAUGGCCCAUGAUCAUCAACCUCGGUCUGUUCAUAAUCCUCGAGAUGGUUUCUGGUUUCUGCAAUACUCUUCCUCAGUUUCUGGGCGUCCGGUCUCUAUACGGCAUUGCAAUGGGGGGUCUCUUUGGUCCAGCAGCGGCCACUGCUCUGGAGGAUCUUCCAUACGAGGCCCGUGGUUUACUCUCCGGACUGUUCGAAAUGGGUUAUGCCACUGGUUACCUCCUCGCCGCUGCUUUCUAUCGCGCCCUUGUCCCAACCACCUCUCAUGGCUGGCGAAGUCUGUUCUGGUUCGGUGCAGGUCCCCCAGUUUUGAUCAUCAUCUUCCGAUGGUGUCUGCCCGAGACCAAUCAUUUCCAGGUCAUGAAAGCCGAGCGAGAAGCGCGAGCCAAUGCAUUGGGAAAUAACCAUGCCAAAGCCGCAGGAUUACGAGUCUUCCUUCGUGAUGCUGGACGUGCGCUCCGAGAGAAUUGGGUCCUAUUCGUUUACUUGAUUGUCCUAAUGAUCGGAUAUAACUCCUGUUCGCAUGGUAGUCAGGACUUCUACCCGACCUUCCUCAAGGAUCAAGUGGGGAUGAACGCCACGAACACGACUAUUAUCACUGUUGUCGGCCAGAUAGGUGCCUUGCUCGGUGGCUGUACCGUUGGCUAUAUCAGCACCUUUUUUGGGCGACGUCUGACCAUGAUGGUGGUAUGUGUGAUUGGUGGUGCAUUGAUUCCAGCCUAUACAAUGGUUCGAUCAAUGUCCCUGGUCGCUAGUGUGUUCUUCGAACAGUUCUGUGUCGGCGGUGUCUGGGGUCCAAUGCCCAUUCACUUGCUUGAGUUAUCGCCGAUCGCACUUCGCGCCGUGAUGGUGGGAUUGACUUAUCAGCUUGGUAAUCUUGGAUCUUCCGCUUCUGCUACAAUUCAGUCCAUUAUCGGAGAGCAGUUUCCUUUACCGCCGGGAGCGCAUGGAAAGAAGAGGUUUGAUUAUGGAAAAGUCAUUGCGAUCUUUAUGGGUGCUGUCUGGGUCUUUAUGCUAUUCUUCCUGUUCUGGGGACCUGAAAUGUCACAAGAAGAAAGGGACGAGGAGGCGGAGGACUCAAUGCGUCUGGAGCGACUCAGAGCCGAGGGUGUUAGCUUGGCUGAGAUUGGACAGCAGCGUUUCUUGGGCAAGGGAGUCGAUGAGCCUAUGGUGGAUAUGGGUACGGGGCAUCAGGACAGUGAGAAGGCUGAGACGGCUCAUGUUGAGUAG